AGUCUAUAGCCGCAGGCCGACUGGCCGGAUGUUCAGUUCAGAUUGAUCAAUUGUGCGGAUCUAUAUUCCGUAACAGAGUCGUCGUCUGGUGAUUGUUAGUUGCGCAACUACGAAAAAUGCCAUUUUAUCAAUAUAAUUCAUUUACUGGCAAGCUGAAGCCGUCUACCAAUUUUCAACCGCUGUAUCCCAUUUCUCCUCUUCCUUUACAGAAGUCCGAGCCAGUAGUAAUUUAUGACUCCAUCAAGACAAAACCAGUGACGAUUACACCUAAAGCAGGCUAUUGCACUGAUAAACCACCCACCCUUAACCCAAAAUUAUGGGCAAAGUACAAACACUAUGGGGAAGCAUUGCAAAAAGAUAUACCAGUAUACAUAGCAGGUGGCAAAAGUGAUAAGAUAAUAUUUGGGUUAGUAUGUGCUACUGUUGGUAUUUGUACAUUAAACUCGUUCUACGUUAUUAUAAGGGAAGCAUUCUUUAAAGACUAAGCGAGUAUUACGUAGAUACCUGCUUAGUUUUAGUGAAGAAUAAAUUGUAUAGAUUUUUCUGGCAUUGCGAGCCUGUAUUGACAUUGCAAAUGUUAAUAAUAGAAAAUAAUAAAAAAUAAUCAUAUUGAA